UUUUGAUUUAUCUAUUAAAUGUUGAAAUAAAUUUCAAUUUUCUAAAAAAUUAAUUGUUUAAUGUUUAAAGCAGAUUAUAUGUUUGCGUGUGCCAACUUGUGUAACUUUAACAAAAAGAAAUUAUAUCUGUUUCUCUAUCACUAUAAAAAAAUUGGGUGCUUAUUAUUAUUAAGUGAUUGCGCUUUAAUUUUUGGCAUAAUUAUUGGAUUAUUAAACAUUUGUUGGAUUAUUUUACAAAUACAUUGUAAUAUUGCAUUUUUUUUACACCAACGAAUUUAAAAAAAAAAUCCCCAAAAUCCUCACAGGUGCAUGUUAUAUACAAAAAAAGUCUCAAGUUUUAUGAAUAAAAUCCCAGCAUAAAAUCACUACUGCCUACCAAUGUUAACUUAAUACAGAAAUUAUUUAGUUUUUAAAUGCAACACAAAAUCUACCUUAAUUUAAAACCAAAAAUUAUAUUUAAACAAAUAAAAAAAAAUAAUAUCAAACCAAAAAUAAAAACCCCUUAAAACUUAACACAAAAAAAAAUGAAUUGUGUUGCUAUACCGCCCUCCGAAGAUAAACGCAAUGCUGCUGCCGCCAACGCCAACACAAAUUCCUCCAACUCUUCCACUCCUUUGCACAUUAUGCAUUCCGAGGUAACUCUGACCACGCCCAUUAUAGAAAAUGGCUGUAAUACUUCAAGUACGGGUUCGCAUAAGUCUCAAUCUUUACAGCGCACCACCACAACGCAUCUGUAUUGUCGCUCGUUGGAAAAGGAUGCAGCCGCUUUGGCUGUCCCUCAAAGACGUACCUCGAAUUCAAGGGGUUUUGCCUCGUGUCUAAGGGGUGAAAGAGAUGAUGCUUUUUUGGAUUAUCAACAAAGAGCCAUACAAUAUGAGUCAAGUGUGAAUGGUAGGCAGCAACAGCAUCAGCAGCAAAUGCAACAGCAUCAGUUGCAGCAUGCAGCAGGGCUUCAGCAACAAUAUUAUCAACAGCAACAGCAGCUGGGGCAUCAGCUAAUGGAUGAAAAUCAUCCGGCACAGGUGCUGCAGACAAGUAUGAGUAGUACGGGCAGUGGCAGUAACUAUGAAACGACAACGGGCAGGAGUGAGUACAAAUCGAAAACCCUGCCACGCAUACAUUUCGAUAAUUCUAUAAAUGAUAUGUCGCUGAAUGAAGGCCAUAAAACUCAACUUUUUUUUCUUCUAUUUAACCUUGGACUUCUAAUAUGAUUUUAUCACAAACCUCUUAACUAUUAUAAAUACAAA